UUCCCACUGCCCCAUAGAGUCCCCUGUCCCUUCUUCAGCCCCAAAUUUCAGCUGUCCAGAAUCUCAGCCGUCUUUCUGCCCAGGCUUUGAAGAAUCCAGGGAUCUUGCAUCUCUCCACAUCCCUCUCCCUCCACUAUCUUUAAGAACUCCCUUGCCCUAGACUUACUGCUGUCAGGGAAUAGUCUUAUUUUAAAAAUGAAAUCCUAACUAGCUGUGUGACCUUGAACAAGAGUUGAUAUGAAGGUCAAAUAAGGUCUGAUGUGAAAGGGCCUGUAACUGGGAACGCUGAACACCUAUCAGGGACUCUGACCUUCGAGCCCUCCCAGGUUUGAGCAGGAGAGGAGAGGACUGAACAAUCUCUCCACUCUUUGCCAUUCAGAGGUUAGUCUGUGGGAGGCCACAGAUGUAGCCUCCACCCAGGGUCUGACCUCACUCUCUGUCCUCCCUUCCACCUCCCCCCUCCUUCCUCCCUGACCUCUCCUCCCUGUCCCUGCUGUAUCUCCAGGCCUGGAGCUGUGCGACCCAACCCAGAGGCUUCGGGUGGCCCUGGCAGGGGAGUUAGUUGGGGUGGGGGGGCACUUCCUGUUCCUCGGCCUGGCCCUUGUCUCUAAGGACUGGCGGUUUCUGCAGCGAAUGAUCACCGCUCCCUGCAUCCUCUUCCUGUUUUAUGGCUGGCCUGGUCUGUUUCUGGAGUCUGCACGGUGGCUGAUAGUGAAGCGACAGAUUGAGGAGGCCCAGUCGGUGCUGAGGAUCCUGGCUGAGCGGAACCGGCCCCAUGGGCAGAUGCUGGGAGAAGAGGCCCAGGAGGCCCUGCAGGACCUGGAGAACACUUCACCUCUCCCUGCAACAUCUUCCUUUUCGCUCGCAUCGCUCCUCAACUACCGCAACAUCUGGAAGAAUCUGCUUAUCCUGGGCUUCACCAACUUUAUUGCCCACGCCAUUCGUCACUGCUACCAGCCUGUGGGAGGAGGAGGGAGCCCAUCAGACUUCUACCUGGGCUCCCUGCUGGCCAGCGGCACAGCGGCCCUGGCCUGCGUCUUCCUGGGCAUCACCGUGGACCGAUUUGGCCGCCGGGGCAUCCUGCUUCUCUUGAUGACCCUCACUGGCAUUGCGUCCCUGGUACUGCUGGGCCUGUGGGAUUAUCUGAACGAGGCCGCCAUCACCACCUUCUCUGUCCUUGGCCUCUUCUCCUCCCAAGCCGCUGGAAUCCUCAGUACCCUCCUUGCUUCUGAAGUCAUCCCUACCACUGUCCGGGGCCGAGGCCUGGGCCUGAUCAUGGCACUGGGGGCACUUGGAGGGCUGAGUGACCCAGCCCAGCGCCUCCACAUGGGCCACGGAGCCUUCCUGCAGCAUGUGGUGCUGGCAGCCUGUGCCCUCCUCUGCAUCCUCAGCAUCAUGCUUCUGCCCGAAACCAAGCGCAAGCUCCUGCCUGAGGUGCUCCGGGAUGGGGAGCUGUGCCGCCGGCCUUCUCUGCUACGGCAGCCACCCCCUAACCGCUGUGACCAUGUCCCACUGCUUGCCACCCCCAACCCUGCCCUCUGAGUGGCCUCUGAGCACCCUGGCAGGAGGCUGGCUCGUACAGAAAGGUGACAUAAGGCCCUGAUAAGGACAUUGGGAGGGUUGAGGAAGGCAGGGCUGCCCAUAAGGCUCAGAGGCCCCUCACGCCAGCCAUCAAGGAGAGCUCAGAGGGCUGCCCCAACCCCAUUCCCUCCCUGCUGCUUUGUGUUCACUUCCUUGGCAAGAGUCAGGGGACAGGGAGAGAGCUCCACACUGUAACCACCUGGUCUGGGCUUCAUCCUGUGCUCAAAGACAUCCUCCCAGACCUCAUUCUUUCUUGCUCUAUCAUUCUAUUUCAAUAAAAACAUUUUGAAUAAAUGAGCAUACCAUAGCUUGGACUUCCCUCCCUUCUGUUGUCCUUCUAGCUACCUCUUGGGGGAAGGUUUCUCAGUGGAACCAAAACCAAUAACAAUCUCCCUCCCUCCCUGUGCCCUGCCCCCUCAUCUCCCCUCCCCCCCAUAUGUUAACUAUGUAGACAACUACCACCCAUUACUGAUUGCUAUGCUGCUAGGAGAGGGCUAGGCACUUUACAAACCUCAUUUAAUCACUUAAUCCUUACAACACUGCAAGGUAGGUAUUUGGAUCAAAGUUUUUUGUUGUUGCAAGCAAUAAAAAUGGACUCUAAUGAACUCAAA